AUGUUAAACGAUCUCAAUGCUGAUGAACAACGAAAUCUCGUCUUUCAAUUACAUGUACCCAAAGCUGAAGAUGAACGGCCUGUAGAGAUGGCUAGCCAAGAACCGAUGUCACGGAAUCAAGCUCAAGAGGAUCAACAAUCUACCGAGAAUCAUGUCAUUGGUAAGUUCGAAGGAAAAUCGUCAUUUUUCUUUUGCUUUACUUUGACCAAAAUUUGAUGAUCAACUCUCAGAAUAGAAUCACAACAUUCAGGAGAACUUUUGAAUACGUGAUCGUCGUUCACAGCUAUGUGAGACAGUUGAACAAUUGUUCAGAAUUCGAAAGUAAAAUAGUAGGGUUUGUAAAUUCUCAAGCAUUCCUAGAAGGAUGUGGAACAAGAACUUCCAUUCGGAUAUCCUAUUCUAUUCAGUCUUCAAUAGUGAAUACAAAUUCUGGCAUUAGAUUUGAUUAUGAGUGAAGAUAACCGAAACCAUUUCCCAACAGCCUACAAAUUGCUGUUCUCUUCAAAGUAAAGUGAAAUAAAGUCCCCACUAAUAUGCUGACCCGUUCGGUUAUGUAGAUCUACGUAUCAUGAGCCUGAUUUUUGUGAAAAUGCUCUCAGUUGAUCUUGUGGCGGCUCGUUUUUCAUGAGAAAAGGUAAAAUGAAAAAGUGAAACUUUGGUGAUAAAUUGACUCAAAUGAUUGAUUGAUAUAAUCGAAAUAAGAUAUUAACUUAAUAUUAUUUACAUGUGAUUAGGUCACGUAUCAAUCGAAUACAUGGAGCCUAAUAGUGGUCGCAUCUAAUCACUGUGCCUGUUUCCUUCCAACUCAUUCGAGCCUCUCAUCUGUCAUCCGAUCAUCUUAAAGUCAACUACAAGCUCGAUACUCAACGGAACCGAGUGGAAACCGCUCUCGUACUCAAACAAGCUAUGGACGAAGUUGACUAUAGUCAAUCGCUUUCUCUUCUCAAAGCUCAAGUGGAAAGGAUCAAGGCUAGUGUAUCUGCUCAAGAUCCAUUCUGUCAGCAGCUGAUCAAGGAUCUAGAGUAUAGCUUUCCAUCAGAACAGGAAUAUCGUUCGUCGCGUAGUAAUGCUUACAGGCAACACGAAACGGAACGUGGCACGUACACCACAACGUCCACCACCAGUGUGCAACUAUAUAUGACUCCGCAACAAAAAUCUCAGGUCGCUCACUCCAUGAAUAAAUACACUUAGAAAUGGCAACGAAAUAUUAUUAAUACCCUGGAUUUUCUCAUUCUUGUUUAAAUAAAGAACUGACCUUUCAGGCCAUUUUACGUACAUAAACCAACGAUAUGUCAUCUUCUAAUCACACUUAGUUCUGAACAGAUUUCAAAGAGAGCUCGAAAAGUAUUGUUCCGUUUAUAUAACAGAAUGAGUACCCUGUCUGAAUCAACGCUAACUGCGAAGAAUCGAUACCAAGGGAGAACCAUCGUACUUCGCAGUACUUCUGAAAGCACAUAGCUAAGCAGUCUCGGAUAAUAUUGAACAACCAGUUGCGCGUAGAUCUGCUGGAAUGAUAGGAUGCGAUCUCUAAGUCUCUUGAUUUUCUUCUCUUUGCUCAUUCCAUUUGAUCCAACGGAAAGAGCGUCGGUUAUCGUUCCGUUUCUGGAACUGAGCAGUCUUCUGUUGUCUUCGAACAUUCGAA